AACCGAACCAGAUACCUUUACCUACCGAGCCUCCACUUUCCCCUUCGCGCGUUCCCCUUUCACGCUGUCCAAAUUCCCCAAUUCGAAACUCGCGCAGCGAUUGAAUCAUGGCGACAAAGUGCGCCGCCGCGGCCGAUCUGCCCACCGGCCGCCCCCGCAAGCGGGCUCGGCUUGGCUGGGAUGUGGCGCCAGCGACCAAGGCUCAGAUAACAUUUUGUGGGCAAGAAGUUGGCGAUAUGACCAGCCUGGUAUUGUCAUCACAUCCUCCGGACCGUACUUGCUCGUCUCUGCUCUCAAAGGGUGUGGCUCGAAAUGCUUCCCCUCCUUGGAGAGAAGAUGAUAAAGAUGGCCAUUACGUAUUUGCUGUUGGAGAGAAUUUGACCUCUCGCUACAAAAUAUUCAGAAAGAUGGGCGAAGGUACUUUUGGUCAGGUACUGGAAUGUUGGGACAGAGAAAGGAAAGAAAUGGUAGCUAUUAAAGUUGUUCGUGCUGUAAAGAAAUACAGUGAUGCAGCAAUGAUAGAGAUUGAUGUGCUGCAGAAGCUUGCAAGAAAUGAUGCUGCCGGAAAACACUGUGUGCAAAUACGGAACUGGUUUGACUAUCGUAACCAUAUUUGUAUUGUCUGCGAGAAGCUUGGCCCAAGCUUAUAUGACUUUCUGCGGAAAAGUGGCUACCACCCAUUUCCAAUCGACCUAGUUCGCGAGCUUGGAGAGCAACUUUUGGAAUCUGUUGCAUUUAUGCAUGACCUGCAGUUAAUUCAUACGGAUCUUAAACCAGAGAAUAUCCUCCUUGUUUCUUCAGAGCAUACUAAAUUACCUGAGAACAAGGAUGGAUCAUUCUCGAGGAAACUGCCAAAAUCUAGCGCCAUCAAGUUAAUCGACUUUGGUAGCACAACAUAUGAUCACCAAGACUGUAGCUACGUUGUCUCUACUAGGCACUACCGCGCUCCUGAGGUUAUUUUGGGGCAUCGAUGGAGCUAUCCAUGUGACAUAUGGAGCAUUGGUUGUAUACUCGUUGAGCUUUGCUCGGGUGAGACAUUAUUCCAGACCCAUGAGAACUUGGAACACUUGGCGAUGAUGGAGAGGGUUCUAGGUCCUCUCCCACGGCACAUGCUGGAAAGAGCAGACCACCAAGCGGAGAAGUACAUGAGAAGAGGAAGGUUGAACUGGCCAGAAGGAGCAACAACUAGAGAGAGCAUUAGAGCUGUUCUCAAACUGCCUCGCCUCCAGAACCUCGUGAUGCAGAAUGUGGAUCACUCUGCUGGGGAUUUGAUUAGUCUGCUGCAGGGCCUUCUGGCGUACGAACCUUCGGAUAGGCUGACCGCUCAAGAAGCGUUGAACCAUCGUUUCUUCACAAGGCACCGCGAAAGGCGUUCACUAUGACCAACGCUGUUAUACAUACAUACACAUACAUGCGAGAUGCUAACGGCUGACCCAAAUGCUGACGGGAUUGGCGGUGCAUUCCUUUGAAACUAGAAGGAGUUGCAGGCAGGAAAUAGUACAAGCUUGAGAAUCCCAAUGCUCCCUGGGUAUGAAACAGGGACCAUUAGCCAACCCAGUUAAGAAUGGAAACAUUAUGUGUUGUGAUUUUAUUUGUAGGCGAAAAAUGUAGAACUCUCUUGUUGUAUUACACCUGUUACAGAAUACAGUACACGAUCAAUCACCAAUCAGACGGCA